CAUUGCACUCCAACCUGGGUGACAAGAGAGAAAUUCUGUCUAAAAAAAAAAAAAAAAUGUGAAUCUAUGAGGAAGAAUAAUAGUGUUCUCCCACCACCAUUAACUGUAGUGCUUUGAAAAGAAGACCAAAAUCACAUUUAUUACAUAACAUUCUACCUUUUAGCUGACAUCAUCAUCAUUAUUAUCAUCAUCUACAUUGACAUCUAUCUUAUUAAAUGAUUUAUUUCUGAAAUAUUUACACACAUAAUUUGGGUAAAGUCUAUGUAAUUUCUAAGAGACAUCAUUGUAAGAAAGUUAUAUUAGUAAACAACAAAGUUCAAGUCAGGCCGAAUACAUUUAGAUUUAGAAAGUUAAGUGUAGUGUAGUUUAAAAUACAUUGCUUAAGGAAACAAUUACAGAUUAUAUUAAACUAAUCCAAGUAACAUUACAAAAAGAUUUUUAUUUUAGUAUAAAUAAAAUUGCUUAAUAUGAAAAAUAAGUAAACCAUUUCACAAUCAAGCUCUUAUUUUUAAAGAGAGGAUUUUAGGGCUAAAUAAAUCAAAGAGAAGUAAUCCCUCCCCCACAUCUUCUCUAUUUCAUUAGGUAAUGAUGGAGUUCAAAGGCAGAGAGCCCCAUUUCUACAACAUAAGCAAAGUGAAAAUUAAUUCACUGACUACAACAAUGUAGCUGUGGUUGGUGAAAUAUAUUUUAUCUAUUGCAAUGAUAUUUUGAGAUUGAGUGCUGCUCAUUGAGUUUGCCUGUGAGCAGAAUUUGUGGUGAGGACCCAGCAACAGACAAGCUAGUAUCCAAAAAAAGCUACUCACAUCAACUUAAUUUCCAAUUUCUUUCAAAUUGAAGGUAAAUUCCAGAACAGCAUUUUUGUUCUAUUCUCUGACCAAAGUGUUGGGAAACAAAGAAAAUUGUUACCAUUUUCAUUUCUAACAUACUAAAACAAAACACAAAAAACCCCAAAAGUCAAAAGCACUUUUAAAAAGAACAUGCUGUUAACAGUAGUUUGUUCAGUUUCCCCAUAGAAAAUGAUUUAUGGAAGAAUAAAAGAUUAUUCCGAACACUAAAAGAAUAAGACUGAAAAAAAUGAAUUAUCAAUAUUGAGAAUCCAAUAGAGUUAAUCAGUUAGAUGCAGUAGAAGAGAUAAUAAGUGAAUUGGAAGAUAGCUACAAAGAAUGAAGCACAGAGAGCGAGAUGGCAAUAUACAAAGCUAGAGGGUAACACAUUGAUGCUACAGUCAGAACACCUAACAUACUUCUGGAGUUCUGUAAGAUAAGAGGAGAGAAAAUAGAGCAAGAGAAAUGUUGCAAGGAUUUUUCUAAAAGUGAUAAAAUGUAUGCCUCCAAUUAUUUUUUGUAAUCUCAAAUGUCAGGCUUGAUAACUAAAAUCAAGUUAACAUAAAAUAAUACAGGACAGCAAAGAUCAAUAGAAAAUCUGAAAAGUAGCUAGAGGUAGAAGAUAAUGUUGAAAAGAACUGCAUUCUAAAUACAACCUGAUUUUAACAGAAAAUAUGGAAGCAGGAAUUCAAUGGAAUCAUGGGAAUCAUGUCUUCAGUGUAUUUCCAAAGAAUAGUAGACCUUCAAAAACAGAAUUUGAAAGUAAUAUUUGUCAGAUAAAAUAAAAUUACUGAAAAUACAAAGUUAAAUAGGCAAGGAGCAAUAAAAAUUAAUGACAAUGAAAAAUGUGUAAUUCUAAAUAAAUAUUGACUGAGUAAAACAAUACUGUCUUCUUGGAUUGAAUGUAUAAUUGAUAAGAUAUAUGCAAAUAGGAAUAAGGAGACUGGAGAUAAAAGUGACAGGAAUAAAUUUAGUCAAACUAUGUUUUGGGCUUUUUUAUGUCUGUAAGGAGAAUGUGAACAUCAUAAUCAAGGACCCUGUAAUUGCACACCCAGGUAUAUUAUAUGCAAAAGAAUUGUAGCAAAUGAUAUGUGAAAGAAUGCUCACUGUAGCUUUAUUCAUAAUAGCUCAGAAAUAAGCUGCCCAAAUAUAUAUCAAAUAAGGAUGGAUAAAUAAUUACAGUAAAAUCAUAAAAUGAAAAAUUAUACAGAAGCAAAAAGAAAUGGAUCACAUGUACAUGCAACUAUGGAGUUAAAUUUUAGAUACAUAAUAUUGAUUCCAGGAAGCCAUGAAUAAGAACAUAUAGGAUAGCACCUACACACAGUUCAAAGCAGGACAAACCGAGCUAUUGAGUUUAGGGUCAUAUUCCUUGUUAGUAAAGUAUAAAGAAAAUUUUAAAAAGAUCAUCAUAAAUUAUGGAUGUUGCUUAUCACAGAAGAUGUGAAGAAAGGUGUAGGGACUUGGAAAGUGGCAUUGAGGUAAACUUAGGCUCUUAGCAAUGUUCCAUGUUUAGCCCUACAUGAUGGUUACAUGAGUGUUUAUGACACAUUGCUAUGUUUUCCUUUUGGCUAAUUUCCAAGUGUGCAGUCUAGUUAUAAUAUAAAAAUUAAUUAGAAGAAAUGUUCGAUGAAAAUUAUUAUUACUCUGCUCAUUAUACACUGAAGGAAAAAAUUCACUAUUUGUAUACAUUUAUGUAUAACUCUAAGAAAUUUUAAGUAGAAACUUUCUGAUUUUAGUUACAACUUUCUGAAAGUUGACAUGAUGUUACCUGCCAACCGCAGAUUUUUCAAUAGGCUUUUCCUUUAGGCUUAAUUAUCCACUUCAUGUGACAAAACUUUGACAUUCUCAGUCUGUUUUUCCCUUGAAUCCCGAAUUCCUGACACAACAAGUGUGGACAUGUUUCCCACACUCUUGGUUUAGCAGAAUGCCUAUAUCAGUUACGUUUUUCUGCAAGAGAAAAUCCUCCAAAACUACUUUAGAUGUUUGUACCUCACACGUCUUCGGAUUUCAUUUUUCUAAGCUAGGUUUGGUGGAUGGCUCUGGUUACUGGAGAUGGGUCGUGUACUGCAUCUUGAAGCUAGUUCAGCUGAUUUAGGCUAGAAAAGGCAGUGGCAUUCUGACUCCAUUAGUUUCUCAUUCUUCUUCUGGGAACAGUGUACUAGCCAAAUGAUGUCCUCAUGGUAAACGGAAAAGAGUGAGAAACUCCAGUAUGGAAGCUGUCUUAAAUCUCUGUGUAAAGUCUACUAAUUUCCUGAUGACUAAAGCAAAUUACAGGAGGGAAUGCGGAGUCCAAGGUCAAGGUAGUCACCCUGCCUGUGGUGGGAGGGUAGUACAAGGUUAUAUGACAAAGUGUAGGGUACUUUGAAAUAUUUACAAAAUUACUGAACAUUUUAAUUAAAUAAUUAAUAUUUAAACAAAACAGAGUUGAGUGUAAUUAUACCAAAGACCUAAGCAUGAGAAACAUGCUUGGUAAAUAUUAUUCAUUGUCUGACAGCCGUGAGUGGGAAAAUAGGACUAAUUCCACCUGGAUGACCUCCUGGAAACUCGUUUUCCGUUUGGGGAAUUAUAGGAAAAUAACUCUUUCCAUCCCCUAAGGGUGUGAGUGUAUGUGCGUCUAUAUGUUUAUGAGUUUAUUAAUAAUGGUGUCAUAUAAAUUUAUUGGUUAUCAGAAACCAGAUUUUAAGUUGUAUUGGCCUCCCAGGGCUUUCCAAGAUAACCUUAGAUGAUUUUGAUAAAAGGUUUAGAAUCUGGUAUUUAAGUCUGGCAUAAAAAUAAAUCCAUAUUGGUAUGAUCCUAGUUAUGACCAAGCUCCUUUAAUGAUUUAGACAUUUACUAUAUGAUAUAUGUAUGUGGUUUUAAAAUUUCCCUAUGAAACAACUGAAGAUGCUGCAUACAAAUUAUGGAGAGGUUAAACAAGGCAAAAAAUUGCAAAACAAUGAAAAAGAAUAUGCCUUUAUUUGCAUACUGACACAUGAAAAUUCACUUUCCACUUCAACAUCAGUAUAAAAAAUUCAGCAUGUAGCAGGGACACAUAGUAUAUUAAGAGGAGUGAAUUUGAGCUGUUUUGAGAAUAAUAAUAUUUUCUAUUUCUAUAAAGACAGCUUUGAACUCAUCCAUUAGUAUAUGCUGGUGCUUUCCUGUUGACAUUAGUCACAGAAUUUAAAGGCCCAAUGUUAUUGCACAGUUAGUAAUCAAGUAUUUAUUGAAGUUAAAGUCUGGAUAUUAAAGGAAUCAGAACCAGUGUUAUUAAGCCUGCAAUUUUUUUGGUCUAACAUCUAACAUGAUGUAUUUUCUGUUCAUCAUUUUAUCAAUUCUGUUAGUGUUUGCAUUUGUUCUUGGAAAUUUUGCCAAUGGCUUCAUAGCUCUAGUAAAUGUCAUUGACUGGGUUAAGACACGAAAGAUUUCCUUAGUUGACCAAAUUCUCACUGCUCUCGUGAUCUACAGAAUUGGUUUACUCUGGGCCAUAUUAUUAUAUUGGUAUGCAACUAUGUUUAAUUCGGCUUUAUGUAGUUCAGAAGUAAGAAGUUUUGCUUCUAAUAUCUCGGCAAUAAUCAACCAUUUCAGCAUCUGGCUUGCUGCUAGCCUCAGCAUAUUUUAUUUGCUCAAGAUUGCCAAUUUCUCCAACCUUAUUUUUCUCCACCUACAGAAGAGAAUUAAGAGUGUUGUUCGGGUGAUGCUGUUGGGGCCCUUGGCAUUUUUGAUUUGUAAUCUUGCUGUGGUAACCACGGAUGAGGGUGUGUGGACAAAAGAAUAUGAAGGAAAUGUGACUUGGAAGAUCAAAUUGAAGAAUGCAAUACACCUUUCAAACUUGACUUUUUGUGGCAGGUGACAUGCUGAGUGAAAGGACAGAAACCCUCAACUCCAUAGAUUCACAAGGGGAGCAUCAUGUGUCUUCUAGCAGUAAACAAACUGACGGUGUGUGGAACAUUUUAUAUUUCUAUUGAUUGUUCCAUAGUGUAUGUAUUUGAGUAAUUUCAAAAAAAAAAUACCUAAAAAAGUCUUACAUAUAUAUAUAUGGGUGUAUAUGUGUGCAUGUAUAAAUAACAACAUUGACCAUAAAUUAUGAAGCUGAGUAUAUUUCACAUAUAUAUUGUAUGUAUAUUUUAUUAUAGCUCAUUGUAUAAUAUUUCCUUUGAAGAAAUUAUUAUCUCUAUUUAUAAUUAGGAACUUACAGCUUUUAUGAGGAAAUUAAUGCUGUUUUCCAUUGUAAUUUGUACCACAUAUAUGUACUUAACUAUCAUUGGUGAACCCCUAAUUUUUUGGAUGGUAAAGACAUGCAAUUCUAAAUCAAUGAUGAGAAUGUAUCUUUGGGGUAGGUUUUAUUUCAUUAGGAAAUCUUAUUUUAUGUUUAGUAGAAAGCAAAUUGUUAGCUAAUGAUGCACACAACAAAAUUUGAGUGAGAAA